AUGGUGCGUUUUCAAGUCUGCCGCAUUCAGAGGUCAAGUGGGACUUUUCUCACAGUGUCUAAGGCGGAUGGAGGGGAGCGCCCUGAGGAGGUGAAGUUGCCUGCCGCCGCCCACAGAUAUGCCACCGAAGGUGGGAUCUGUGACUCAAAGUGGAUGCCACUUGAACUCAUCCGCUCCACCAAUCGAGUUGAAUUCGCUGUUGAGGCUGCAGACACUCCUCGUCGAUGUUGCCCCACAGUGCCUGAUUCGGGUGAUACAAAUCUCCCAAACACGUAUCACCUUCGGAUGAAUCCGCUAUUCCCGACGACGACGACGUCGGCGAUGAUGGUGAUGGUGGUGGCGAUGCGGAUGAUGAAUGACAUGCCACUGUUAAUUGGGAUACUUGGAACUCAACAUGUCAAGUGCAUGUUGAACACGAGUGAUGAAACAGCGACACUAGAUCUUGAGGACUGUCUAGUUGUUCCUCACUCCUUCCUCACUUGUUAUCGCAACACACCGUGCAUUCUGGCUUGUUUACUGGAUGCAUGGAUGGAUGGAUGA